UAUCUUGACUUUCUAAUCACAACUAAAUCUCUACGCAGCACCGCGCAGAACUGUUUCCCGUGAACGUGUCAUUUGAGCGUGCGUGAAUGCAUGAAUCACGAAGAAGACGUGGCGCCAGCUUUUCCUCUGCUUCAACAAGCUACUGCUAUCUAACGAUUAUUGAAUGAGCACAAGUGAUUUUCCAAUCGCUACCCUUCCCGACAAAAAUGAUUUCUCUAACAGAUUCACAGAAAAUCGGGAUGGGGUUGACAGGCUUUGGCGUGUUCUUCCUCUUCUUUGGGAUGAUCCUGUUUUUUGACAAAGCUCUUCUUGCCAUUGGAAAUAUCUUGUUUGUAGCAGGCCUGUCCUUUGUCAUCGGCUUGGAGCGUACCUUCAAAUUCUUCUUCCAGAGACACAAAUUUAAAGCCACAACUUUCUUCCUGGGGGGGGUGCUGGUGGUUCUGAUUGGCUGGCCUAUCAUUGGAGUGGUGCUGGAGAUCUAUGGAUUCUUCCUCUUAUUCAGGGGCUUCUUCCCAGUGGCAGUAGGCUUCAUCAGGAGAUUGCCUGUCCUCGGGUCCAUACUGAACCUCCCAGGGAUUAGUGGAUUUGUGGACAAAGUCGGCGAGAGCAACAAUAUGGUAUAACAGUGAACAUCUUUGGAUUGGAGGAUAUGAAAUGGCUUUACUCUAUUGAUAAUAGUUUAUAUUGUUGACUUUUCUCUACUGGUCAACUACUAGCCAAGACUACUCCCAUGUUAAAGGUCAAAGCUGUGAAUCAGAAACCUCUUUCUGUUCAAAGGAAAACAAUGUUUCUUUGGGCAGGCCUAUGAAUACAACUGGUAUCGUAAAGUUUCCUUUGACGGAAAUGGUCUCAUAACCUGGUUGCCAUCGAUGGACAAUUGUUACUAAGGGACUACUUUAUUUCAAGGCCCAAUGGGUGAAUUGGGCCCUUUGUGUCACUACCCGUUCCUGAUCGACUGAUUAUGAUGAUUGACGUGACUGAACCAACCACUGGAUUGGACAUCGCUAUGGAGGAGAAGUCUUGAAUCUGUUACAGCAGUCUUUCUUCUAGAAUGUUGUCUGUACAGUCAGAGAAGUGUUUUGGUUACCUUGAUGAAGAGUUUCUGGAAUUUUUAGAGUUGUGUUACACCUGGGUACUGUUCAGGAGGAUGUAGCUUUACAGAACAUUCAGAUAUUGUGUAGAGCAAAUAUGAUUGUCAGAUAGUGAAUUAUGUCAGCUGUAUUUAUUCCAUUUCUAUCUGCAAUGUUCAGAAUGUUUUGCAUCAUUAAAUACUAAGCUGUUGAAGAUGAAUUGCCCUGUGCGCACAACGGGUCACAAAUGGGUACAUUCAUUUAAGCUAGUCCAGGACACCAGGUGAGUUGAAUUUACACAUUUUAAACUAUUCCUUCCUAAAGUGAAAAUUUCCACCCACCUGGGGCACUGGGCGAGCUAAAACGAAUGCAUCAGAUGUCUCCACAACCCAGAUAUUGAUGGUCUCACUGCAGCUGGGGUUUGUCACUUUCUACUUAAUGUAUUAAGAGGUCUGUCAGAGCUGUUUUACUCAAAUGUAUCUUUUGUAAAUACAUACUUGAAAUAGUGUGUUUUAAAAACAAA